UUGGCCUGAGCCUAUGGUGGGUGUGUCAUGGGAAAUUAAGUUAGUCAUAUUUAUUUGAUGGCUGAUAAGUCAAGUAUUUGCUGUAAAAACCCUAACAAGAGAAUAUUAUACCUCAACUUAGGCCUUUUUGACAUGUUCCACUCAUGUAAUAGGACCAGGCUCACACUAGUUUAUUACUAAUGACUUUUGUCACACUUGUAGUUUAAAAAGAAGAAAAUCAACCCCAAUGCAACCUUAGUGCACAUGUUUUGUUUGAUUGUAAAUGUGUUGUAAGAGUUUGGACAGAGGUUUCCAUAGGUGUUGAUAAAACCUAUGUCUGAAAUAAAGUCAGACAUAAUGUAUACUGUACCUGUAGCAGUGUAACAGCCCUGCCUUCUUCAUUAAGUUGAUCAAUAUAGCUAUAAAAGCACUCUCUAAAAAAUCUCUUCACAAUCACAUAACUGAUUUUAUUUGAACUUAUUUGUUAAGUUAUAUGUAGCUAUGAUCAAAAGUUAUUCCUCAUUGUUUGGGUUGAUUUUCUUUUUCUUAUUUAGCGUUUUAACCUUUCAAAUAUUUACAGUUGUAUAAUGCCUGUUAAUGCUUAUUACACUUAUUUCACAGGUGUCAUGCAAACUUUUUCUGUUUUGCCAUAACCCAUUUUUCUUCCCUUCCUACUACUACGUUGACGACGUUUUUUUGAAGAUGAGAAAAAGUGGAACUUAUCAGCAAGAAUCGCUCUUAGACAGCAAGGGCAUGCACUGCGCACAAUGCAGUUGCUCUUAGACACACAGUACCAGGGAUUUUAGAUAGACAGUCAAGUGGUCGCGCAUAGAGAAUUUUUUUUCUUUUAUGCUUUUUCUACACUACUUUCUUUUUAUAUUCGGAUCAAAUCGAAUCCCAAAACCGAAUUUGUGUGUAAACAGACACACCAUUGGGGUGAAGUGGAGCGUACUUUCACAGAAGAGAUCCCCUCUCUGUAUAUAUUUGUUAAUAAACUGGCAGAACAAAAGGUUCAGGUCCAAGUAUCACCCAGAUGAAGCCAGCCGACUUAAGGCAGAGGCCCAGAGUUCCUUGCACAACCGACUGAAUGUCUUCAUGUUCCUAAUGGAGAACAGCUGGUUUGAUAAUGUCUCCCUGGACAUUGAACACACCCCAGCCAUCAUCAAGGUUCUGGAUGCAGCUGUGAUAAAGAUGGAAGGAGGGACUGAUCAUGACCUUCGCAUCUUGGACCUGUCAUCUGAAGAGGAGGAAGAAAGGGAGAAGUCGGCAUCUGUUUCAGGGGGCACCGAACCUCCCAAGAGGGAAGACCUUAAAACCUUGGACGGUGACUGCAAACCUUCAGUAGAGAAAGACAAAAAUGGGAAGGAGGAGAGCGACUCUGCCGGCACAGAAAGAGCUGCUGCAACAGAAGGGCAGGAUGCGAAAGAGGAGUCAGAGAAAGAAGCUGUCAUAGAAGAAAUGGCUGAACCCAAGAAACCGAGAAGAAAGAGGAAGCGCAGCGGAGACAGCGACGAUGAAGCCAGUGCCUCAGAGAGUGACUCUGACUCGGAUUCAGACUCAAAUUCCAACUGCUCUGAUAAACCUGUGAAGAAGGAAGACAAAGAAGAGGAAGAGGAGGGUGAAGAAGAGAAACCAAAGGAGACUGCUGAAGAGGACAACAACAAAGAAGAAAAGAAACCCAAAGAUGACUCUCCCAGACCACGGCCUCUCCACAGAACCUGCUCUUUGUUCAUGAGAAGCAUUGCUCCCACCAUUUCCAAGGCUGAGAUUAUUGCUCUUUGCCGGCGAUACCCUGGCUUUCUGCGCGUUUGCUUGUCUGACCCUCAUCCAGAGCGCAGGUUUUUCAGGCGUUGCUGGGUAACGUUUGACCGUAGUGUCAACAUCAAAGAGGUUUGCUGGAACCUUCAGAAUAUUCGACUGCGAGACUGUGAACUGGCACCAGGCGUGAACCGGGACCUGGCCCGGAGGGUGCGUAAUGUUAAUGGCCUCACUCAGCACAAGCAGGUGCUCCGCAACGACAUCAAGCUGGCUGCCAAGCUCAUUCAUGCCUUGGAUGAGAAAGGAGACCUGUGGAGCAUCAAGUCCCAGGAAGAGAGGCACAGAGAGAGCACAGAGUUGCCAGCUCAGAACCCCAUCUUGAAGAACAUCACAGAUUAUCUGAUAGAGGAAGUGAGUGCUGAGGAGGAGGAGCUCCUGGGCUCUGGGAGUGGGAUGGAUUCAGAGGAGAGCGCCAAGGAGGGAAACCCUGCAGAGAUGACUGUGGAGAGGGAUGACAAACUAGCCAAGGUUUUGGAUCGUCUGGUCUUGUAUCUGCGUAUUGUGCAUUCAAUUGACUACUACAACACCUGUGAGUACCCCAGUGAGGAUGAAAUGCCCAAUCGCUGUGGCAUGAUCCAUGUUCGUGGACCCAUCCCUCCUAACCGCAUCACACAUGGUGAAGUGCAACAAUGGCAGAAGAUGAUGGAGGAGAAGCUGAGUCCUCUGUUUAGUUUAAAAGAAAUCCUGUCUGAGGAUGAGGCAGGGAAGAUGGGCCGCAAGGAUCCUGUGGAGGAGGUGGAGAAGUUUGUGAAUGCCAACACUCAAGAGCUGGGGAAGGACAAAUGGCUCUGCCCACUAAGUGGCAAGAAAUUCAAGGGCCCAGAGUUUGUACGUAAGCACAUCCUGAACAAACAUGGGGACAAAAUUGAAGAAGUGAAAAAGGAAGUGGUGUUCUUUAACAAUUUCCUGAUGGAUGCCAAGAGACCGUCGCUGCCAGAGAUGAAACUUCCUCCUCUUCCCGGCCCAGGUGAAGGUUUACUUUCUCCCAGCAUGCCAUUUCCUCCUCAAGGUCCAAUGGGCUUUGGACAGCCUCGUCCACCACUGAUGGGCUAUGGUGGUGGACCUCCUUACCCCCCCAACCAAUACGGAGGAGGCAGAGGCAACUAUGACAACUUUCGCGGACAAGGUGGCUACCUGGGGAAGCCACGCAACCUCAGAAUGUCACGCGGUGAUCCACGCAACAUCGUUGAAUAUCGUGACCUGGAUGCACCCGAUGAUAUGGACUUCUUUUAGGUUUGCUUGGUCCUUUGAGUCUUCACUCUUUGCCAGUGUUAUGCACUCGUUGCGUUUUUUGUAGUAAUUUGAUUCUUCUUCUAAAUAUUUCAUUUUGUAAUUGUGCAACAAGGACAAACUUCUGCUGUAAAUUGGUUCCUCAAUAAAGUUGUGACAAACUGCAUUAAUAUGCAUUUAUCAAAUAAAAUAAAAUUGUGUGUUACUUGAA